AUGGAGGGACUUAUGGCAGAAGGGACCAAUCUAGUCUUUCACAAUAACGUGAUAGGUGGAACUGCCAUUAAACGACUUAUUAGCAGAUUAAUAGAUUAUUUCGGAAUGGCAUAUACAUCACACAUCCUGGAUCAAGUAAAGACUCUAGGAUUCCAUCAAGCUACUGCUACAUCUAUUUCAUUAGGAAUUGAUGAUCUUUUAACAAUACCUUCUAAAGGAUGGCUAGUCCAAGAUGCUGAAUAA